GCCCUCACCAUGGCUAAGGGCUUUUACAUCUCCAAAUCCCUGGGCAUUCUGGCCAUCGUGCUGGGAGUGGCAGCUGUGUGCACCAUCAGUGCCCUGUCCGUGGUGUACUCUCAAGAGAAGCAAAAAAAUGCAGAGAACUCUCGCUUGGAGCAAUCCACAUUGGGGCCUGUCAGUUCCACCUCAGCCCCCGUCACGACCACCACCUUGGACCCGAACCUACCAUGGAACAACUACCGCUUGCCCCUGACGCUGAUACCCGAAUCCUAUGACCUGAAGCUGAGGCCCUUCCUCACCCCCAACAGUGAGGGCCUGUACAUCUUCACCGGCAGCAGCACUGUGCGCUUCACCUGCAAGAACACCACCGAUGUCAUCAUCAUCCACAGCAAGAAGCUAAACUACACAGCUGACUUGGUCCUGCGGAGGGUGGGAGGUUCCCAGGCCCCUACAAUCAAAAGAGUCGAGUGGGUCCUGCACACUGAAUACAUGGUGGUGCACCUGAAUAGCCACCUGGAGGUCAAUGGGCAGUAUGAGCUGCAGAGCCAGUUUGUAGGGGAGCUGGCUGACGACCUGGCAGGCUUCUACCGGAGCGAGUACAUGGAGGGGGGUGUCAAAAAAGUGCUGGCCACCACACAGAUGCAAGCCCCCGAUGCCCGGAAAUCCUUCCCCUGCUUUGAUGAACCAGCCAUGAAGGCCACGUUUAACAUCACGCUCGUCCAUCCCAAAAACCUCGUGGCUCUGUCCAAUAUGCAGCCCAAAGGCCCCUCUACCCCAUUUCCUGAAGAUCCUGACUGGAGCAUCACCGAGUUCGAAACCACACCCAAGAUGUCCACAUACCUGCUGGCCUUCAUUGUCAGUGAGUUCACAUCUGUGAACAGUGUGACACCCAGCGGCAUCCAGAUUCGUAUCUGGGCUCGGCCCAGUGCAACCCGUGAGGGCCAUAGCCAUUACGCCCAAACCGUGACAGGCCCCAUCCUAGAAUUCUUUGCCCAGCAUUAUUCCACACCCUACCCACUGAACAAGUCUGACCAGAUUGCCCUGCCUGAUUUCAACGCGGGUGCCAUGGAGAACUGGGGGCUGGUGACCUAUCGGGAGAGCGCCCUGCUGUACGAUCCACAGUCCUCUUCCAUCGGCAACAAGGAGAGGGUGGUCACUGUGAUUGCUCAUGAACUGGCCCACCAGUGGUUUGGGAACCUGGUCACUGUGGCCUGGUGGAACGACCUGUGGCUGAAUGAAGGCUUUGCCUCCUACGUGGAGUACCUGGGUGCUGACUUUGCAGAACCCACCUGGAAUCUGAAAGACCUCAUAGUGCUGAGUGAAGUGUACCGUGUGAUGGCUGUGGACGCACUGACCACCUCCCACCCACUGUCCUCCCCUGAGAAUGAAGUCAACACUCCGGCCCAGAUCAGCGAGGUGUUUGAUUCCAUCUCCUACAGCAAGGGUGCUUCUGUCAUCAGAAUGCUUUCUGAAUUCCUGACUGAGGACUUGUUCAAGCAGGGCCUGGCGUCCUACCUCCAUGCCUUCUCCUACUCUAACACCAACUACCUGAACCUGUGGGAGCACCUGCAGAAGGCUGUAGACAACCAGAUGACCAUCAAACUUCCUGCCUCCAUCCGCACCAUCAUGGACCGCUGGACGCUGCAGAUGGGCUUCCCCGUCGUCACCGUGGACACCGAGAAGGGGACCAUCUCCCAGAAGCACUUCCUUCUCAAUUCUGAUGCCAACGUCACCCGCCCUUCAGAGUUCAACUACCUGUGGAUCGUGCCCAUCACAUCUCUCAAAAGUGGUGUCUAUCAGGAAAGAUACUGGCUGAACGGCACCCAGCAAGCCGAGCACCCACCGUUCAGAACAACAGCUAAUGAGUGGCUCCUGCUCAACAUCAAUGUCACGGGUUAUUUCCGGGUGAACUACGAUAAUAAUAACUGGGUGAAGAUUCAAAAUCAGCUGCAGAACAAUCCGCAGGUCAUCCCUGUCAUUAACCGCGCCCAGAUCAUCCAGGAUGCCUUCAACCUGGCCAGUGCUCAAAUAGUCCCUGUCACGCUGGCGCUGAACAACACCCUCUUCCUCAUCAAAGAGACAGAGUAUAUGCCCUGGAAUGCUGCCCUAGACAGCCUGAGCUACUUCAAGCUCAUGUUCGACCGCUCUGAAGUCUACGGCCCCAUGAAGAACUACUUGAGGAAGCAGAUACAGCCCCUUUUCAAUCACUUCAAAAGUAUCACCGGUAACUGGACUACCCGACCCCAAAGCCUGACAGAACAGUACAAUGAAGUUAAUGCCAUCAACAUCGCUUGCUCCAGUGGAAUUGUGGAGUGUAAGGAGCUGGUCUUGAGGCUUUUUACUGAAUGGAUGUCCCAUCCUGAAAACAACACGAUCCACCCCAACUUGCGGUCCACCGUCUACUGCCAAGCCAUUGCCCAGGGUGGGGAGAAGGAGUGGAACUUUGCCUGGGAGCAGUUCCAGAAGGCCACCCUGGUGAAUGAGGCUGAUAAACUACGUUCAAGCCUGGCUUGCAGCACUGAGGUGUGGAUCCUGAACAGGUACCUGAGUUACACCUUGAACCCCGAUCUUAUCCGGAAGCAGGAUGCCACCUCCACCAUCAGCAGCAUCGCCAGCAAUGUCCAUGGGCAAAAUCUGGUCUGGGACUUUGUCCGGAGCAACUGGAAUAAGCUCUUUAUUGAUUAUGGUGGUAGCUCCUUCUCCUUCGCCAGUGUCAUCCGGUCAGUGACCCAACGAUUCUCAAGCGAAUUUGAGCUGCAACAGCUGGAGCAGUUCAAGAAGGACUACGCGCACAUUGGCUUUGGCUCAGGCACGCGGGCCCUGGAGCAAGCCCUGGAGCAAACAAGAACCAACAUUGAGUGGGUGAAGAGGAACCAGAAGGUGGUGCUCCAGUGGUUCACAGAAAACAGCAUGUAG